AUGCGAUAUCUGCCUACAAUUCUUCAAAAACACUUACAAUUACGGCUGACCGGCGGCGGAAGUCCAUGUGCUGGUCGAAUUGAAAUCUACUACGGUGGAUCAUGGGGCUCGGUUUGCGACGAUUCCUGGGACCUGGCAGACGCUCAGGUGGUUUGCAAACAGUUGGGUUGCGGGAACGCUUUGGAUACGAAACUUUCUGGUCAUUGUGGAGAAAGCUCAGACACAAUAUGGUUGGAUGAAUUGAGUUGUUCGGGUGACGAAUCUUUUCUCUGGCAAUGUCCGUCAGCACCAUGGGGUGAACACGACUGCGCUCAUAAAGAAGAUGCGACGGUUAUGUGUUCUGAACACAAAGAGCUGCGGUUGGUGAAUGGAAAACAUCGCUGUGAAGGAAGAGUGGAAGUGUUUUACAAUGGGAGCUGGGGAACCGUGUGCUCGGAGACACUGGAUGUCGUUGAUGCCGAAAUCAUAUGUGAACAGUUGCAGUGCGGUCCUGUCGAAAAUAUUCUAUAUGACGCAAGAACAUUCGGAGAAGGAUCAGGAUAUAUUUGGCUUGACGAGAUGGCGUGUAAUUCACACGAGUUAACUCUUUGGCAGUGUCAGUCGGACCCGUGGGGUGAACACAACUGUGAACACCGGGAGGAUGCAGGUGUUGUUUGUUCAGAAGCCAGAACGCCGAAGAAGCCUCACAGUCUCAAUAAUUGUCUUCGAGAAUCUGGAUUUACACCUAAACCAUCGGCAGAACAACAGCUGCGUUUGGUCGGGAGAAAUAGCAGCUGUUCGGGGAGGGUGGAGAUACUGUCCAACAACAGCUGGGGCACAGUGUGCGAUGACUCCUGGGAGCUGGCCGAUGCUAACGUUGUCUGCAGGCAACUGGGCUGUGGCUCCGCUUUAUCGGCUGUGGGAGGGGCGGCUUUUGCCCAGGGCGACGGUGUGAUCUGGCUGGAUGAGGUGAAAUGCACGGGAAGCGAAUCCUUUCUCUCCGACUGUGGUUCCUCGCCGCCAGGUCGGCACGACUGUGAUCACAAGGAAGAUGCCGGUGUCAUUUGUUCCGGUCUAGAUUUAUCUCCGCCUGGUUCUCGUUCAUCUGCUGCAGGGCGGAAGGGGAAAGCAGUCUCUCUCCCUGCUACCGUCUGCAUCACACUUGGGUCUCUUUUCGUCUGUGAGCUCAUCGCACUGGGAGCGCUAACUCGGAGAAAGUCAUCAAGAAGAGGUCAUAUCAUCUUCGACAGGGAUUCUCCUGUUGGAAUAUACGACGCAAUUUAUCAAGAGGUUGAGAGUAUUCAACGCAGCGAGGUUUCCUCUCAAAUUGAACGUUUAGGUGAGGUGUCCUUUGAGUUUGAGGAUGGCGAUGAUGGAGCCAAGGACCCUCAAUACAGUUAUUGCCAGCUGCUUUCUGACUCUAAUGAGUUCAUCAAUGUUGCGAACACUCUCUACGAUAACGAUGAGUUGAAUUAAUUAAAUUUUCACAAUGAUCGCCGAUUUUAAGAGCUUUGUUGAACAUAACGUUUCAAUCGGCGAUGUCAAUUGCGAUUCCAAGAAAUAAAAAUGG